AUGGGACUAUUUGGAUUGAUUAUGCGAAGAUUCGCCGUCCAUGUACUUAUUGGACAUCUUAUUGAUUGUUUCGGAUAUCUUGCUGCUGUAGAGUUUCUGAUUCCUCUGCAUUCUACUCUGCUUACACUGUUAGGGAUAUUAACCAAGUUAGAGAAACAAAUUAGCAGUAUUUCUAUUCAAACCUCAACCAUUUUUGAAGUGCAAGAAGCCAUUUUCGUAUUGGUCGUCAGAGUAAUGGGACUCUCACUUUUUGUAUCUUUUAUUGGAAACAUACAAAGCAUUCUUCAAGGCCUUAAUCGGAGGAACACAAACAUGCUAACUAGAUACGAUGAAGUUGAACAAUGGUCAAGGCAUUGUCGCCUACCAAAAAAAUUAAGAAGGAGAAUACUAGAGGCUGAAAUUCAGAAUCGGAUUACAACAAGAGGAAUGAAGGAAGAAGCGCUGAUGAAGAAUAUGCCAGAGGAUAUCCAGAGAGACCUAACAAGGCAUUGGUUUUUUUCUGUUAUUAAGAAGGUAACGAUCUAAUGUAAAAAAUAUUAAAUAUCCUAUUAAGGGAGAUUUGUUAGUUUUAUGAAAUAGUUUCAAGUUAGUUUAAUAUAUUAUGAUUUAGAAUGUUGUAUGGGGUUAGAGAAUAGCAGUUAGUUUUGAUGAAGGAGUAAUUUAGAUGUA